GAAGCCGGUGCUGUAUUUAAAGUUGCACGGUGCAGUAGUUUGUAGGUCAGUGUUGCGUUGGUGCUAAUUUAGUUUUACAUUGUCACACUAAAGUUGAAGAAGAUGAAGGCUGCUCUGCUGCUGGUUUUGACUGUCUGGUUAGCUGUUCAGUACGGCGAAUCCGCUCCCUCUUCAUGUCCCCAUCCUCCGUCAAUGUGGUGCUCAUCUCUGGACACAGCCAUCCAGUGCGGGGUUUUGAAGCAGUGCCUUGAGUCUAACUUCACCAGGUCCCAUCGCACAGCAGAUGCAGUGGAAGUGGGGCUUUACUUUGAGAGUCUGUGUCCAGGCUGCAGACAGUUUCUCAGUCUGGUGCUCUUCCCAACCUGGCUGUUGCUGAAUGAAAUCAUGACUGUGAAACUGGUUCCCUACGGCAAUGCACAGGAGAAGCCAGAUGGGCAGAGGUAUACUUACGAGUGCCAACAUGGAGAGCCGGAAUGUCUGGGCAACAUGAUGGAGACUUGUCUUAUGAACAUGACACAGCUGGCUUUCCCGAUCAUCUUCUGUAUGGAGUCCUCCACUGAUCCCAUCAACUCAGCAGAGACUUGCACAAACCUCUACAGCCCUUCCUUGAAAUGGGAUGAUGUCAUGAGCUGUGUGAAGGGGGAUUUGGGAAACCAGCUGAUGCAUCAGAAUGCCUUGGACACUGAAGGCCUGAAACCUCCCCACGAAUAUGUGCCCUGGAUUACCAUUAAUGGGGAGCACACAGAUGAUCUGCAGGAUAAAGCCAUGAAUUCUCUCUUCACUUUGGUCUGCGGCAUGUACAAGGGCCCCAAGGUUCCGGCCUGUGGAGGGGGGGGCAAGACACACUACAGAAGCUACAGCCACAUUGGUUGAAGGAGCAGCACUGCACAUGCUUGCUCAGUUCCAGGUGUGGCCACUAUAUAAGGAACACACAUAAGGAGGAAUGUCUUUAAAAAUUUGUUUUUUAUCUGGGAUUUUACAAUCUGUUUCUAAAAAGGGAAAAAUAAAUGCCUCACUUUAUAAUUCACAGAAUAUGAAUACAAUUGACUUUCUAAAAA